AUGUGCCGGAUAGUUAUGCACCUGCUGAUCCUGAUGACACUCAGCUGUCUGUCUUGCGCUGAAGAUGAGGCAAAGGUUACUGUUUCCUGUCCAGAAUACCAGAAGGACUUUGGAGGUUCCUGCUAUGAGUUUGUGGGUCUCCAGCAUACUUUCUUCAGUGCUCAGGCUUGGUGUGAGCAGCGUGGUGGACACCUUGCAUUCAUCCCAGACGAAGAAACUCAAUAUUUCCUUCAAAGACACCUGGACCCGAAGAAGGAUGUGUGGCUGGGAGCAGCACCGUCUACCUCUUCAAACAUGCAAUAUUCUCCAACUGUUGAAGGUCCUCUUUCUUGGCUGGACGGUUCACAUAUCACCUAUUCAAGCUGGGUGAGCAGACCACAGCCAGGAGCAGCUUGUGGACACAUUCUGAGAGACUCUGGCUUCCAAUGGGACGCCACAAGAGACUGCAACAAAAAACUGUCUUUUAUCUGUCAGUUUGAGUCUGGGAGAUCCAUUGUGUGUGCAGGUCGUAACACCACUCUGCAGUGUGGUUCUGGUCAAGUUUUAAUGAUAGAUGGCGGCUUCUACGGUCGUAAGAACAUUUAUUACUGUCGAUCCACGCUCUCCCCACCAACAGCAACCACACCACAUCAGUGCGGGUGGGUGGAUGUUGUAGAAUCAUUAACAGCUCAGUGCCACGGCUGUCAGGUCUGCCAGAUUGCUGAGAUUGUGGACUCCUUUGGUGAACCCUGUCCUCAACUGGGGAGCUACCUGUCUUUGGACUACCACUGCCAAGAUGGACUCACGCUGUCACUGAGCACUGUGGCUGCUGUUUUUGAUGACGUCACUAUCAGCGUGAAGUGGCUCUUAAACUUGCCCCAGGGAAAUCUAAGCUGCAAGCUAAGUACUGGAGAUGACCAUGUCACUUAUCUGCACAGACCAGAGGGGUUGGAGAGCAUUGUGGUCCACAAAUAUACUUACCCAGGUACAAAUGUGACCUACAGAAUCCAGAGUGAUGAAAUGCUGUUGUUGGGUUCCUCCGUUGUCAGGGGAAAUGUUCCCCAGAACAUCACAGUGACCCCAGAAAUGGUGAAGCAGCUUGGGCCUGGCUGCCACCAGCUGACCCUUUAUGCAUCCAACAUGGUCACGUUCCCUGCAGUGUCUGCAGACCUGCAGAUGUGUGUGUUAGAGAAAGUAGCCGGGCUUCAGGCUUCUGUGUUGACAGAGAGGGAUGAGGACUCUCCAUAUAUUACUGUUGGUGUUUCCCUCGAACGGGGAGCGCCUGUGCUGCUCCUCUUCUCUCUGACUGGAGACAACAGCUCAUUCUCUGAGACCAGGAAAAUGAAUACAAGGAAGGAAAUAUUUCGGAUUGGACACCAGAUUCAAGGAUCUGUACAAGUGAAACUCAGAGCAUGGAAUGUCUUCUCCUCUUUGGAAGUGGAUGUGGAUAUGUCUGCUUCCUGUGGCACAGAUUUAGACAUUAAACCGAGGAAGAAACAUGUUAGAGUUGUCAGAUCUUCACUGGAGCUUGAUGCAACACCUUCAGCUUCAGAGGAGACAAGGAGCUGCUACGAAGAUGCAGAGACAAAGCCACUUAUAAAGCAAAAGGAUGGUGGAACUCAAUUAACUGUGAGUCAUAGCAGACUUGCAACAGCCAAGUCUAACCAUGAGGAUGUCACUGUGGUGGUAAUAUUUGAGGUGUCUGUCAUACCUUACUACAAAACAUACCGCAUAAAGACAUCAUCAUCAGCACCCACCACCAAAAACCCUACUGGUUCUGCCACUACAUCAUCUGGCACUACUACCAACACCGCUUCAUCUGGCACUACCACUACCACCACUCCAUCUGGGACUACUACUAACACCGCUCCAUCUGGAACUACCACUACCACCGCUCCAUCUGGAACUACCACUACUAACACCGCUCCAUCUGGAACUACCACUACUAACACCGCUACAUCUGGCACUACUACAACCACCACUUCAUCUGGCACUACUACUGCUACCACUACCUCCACGACCACCAGUGAAACAUCCUCACCAGCAACCACCAACAAUGAUGAUGGCCUUCAGUGUAGGCAUCUGCUUUGCAGUAAGAACAAUGAAGUGAAUGCUGUCUUCCUUCCUCUUGGAGACAGCAAUGCCAACAACAACCUCAUUAUCACAGCAACUGCAAAAAAAGGCAGCUUUGUAGCUAGCACUACUAUAACUGCACAGGUGCUGGAUUCAGAAUCUUCAGUAGAUGUUCUUAAGGCGGCAGUGGACAAUGCUGUGGAUCAGCUGAAGAAACGGGAUCUGCUGUCAGGAGAAGUCCUGGGACAGAUCUUUAGUGCAGUGUCCAAUAAACUAAAUGGUCAAUCUGAUGAAUCGACAAAAGCUGAUAGGCAGAAGCUUCGUGAGCAGAUGCUGGAUGAAAUGAUUGAGACAGUAGAAGAAGGUCCCACCAACACUCCAGAAGAAGUUCAGGGGAUAACCAGAGGACUUACUGAUGUUUUCCACAAAGGCACUGAACUCAGCUCUUCUGCUCAGGAAGAGGCUUCAUUAUUGUUUGAAAACCUCAGCUCAUCUCUCAUCCACAUGGAAGUUAGCAAUAGUGAAGAAAUACACUCUGCAGCCAGCACCAUUGUGGAAGGAGCAAGCAAUAUCCUGGACUAUUCUUCCAAUAAAAUAAUAUCCGAUGCCCUUCUCAAUACUCUGAACAAUACACAGAGUGCACUGUUAAGAUUUAAAGAUGUUAACGAGGGGCCAACUAUCAUCAAACAAGCUCAUAUUUGUGUGUUAGUUAAAAGAGUGAUACCGGGAAGUUUGCACUCAAAUGCUAUAACUAUUCCCAACAGCUACUCCCCAACAUUUUCUCUACCACAAUCAACACUACCCCCUGAUAUACUUUCUUCAGAUGAACCAGUGGAUGUACGCAUGCUGACUUUCGAUAAAAAUCCAUUUACUUGGAAAGAGAGCGGGAACAUCAGCGGCCUGGUGGGUUCUCUAGCCCUAACAACAACAGAUGGUUCCAGUAUCCUUGUGGAGAACUUGAGUGAGGAUAUCGAAAUUCUCUUGCCAAGGCCUGUUGGAGAGCAGGUGAACACCUCUUUUUUGGAUCUGGGGAACUACAGCACAACAGUCAUUGACCUUUCUUCAGCUGACAAUACGCUGGUGUUAAAGAUGGUGCCUUCAAAGGAUCCUUUACCCUUCAAACUGUUCCUUGGUUAUUUGGACUACCCCAAUGACGCAAAUUAUGUAGCAAUGACAGAGAUGCCUCACCAGGGAACAACACAAGAGGAGAGAUACACUUGGCUACUAGAACCCAAGGAUUUGAAGGGAAACACUGGAGUGCAUUAUCUUGUGGUGAGGCCCAUAGUUGGCCCGGGUAUAAAAUCCAUUAAUGCCAGUUUAUCAGUUACCUCCAUCACUACCGCAUGUAAAUUUUGGGAUGAAUCAAAAUUGGAUUGGAGCGAUUAUAGAUGCAGGGUUGGUGUUCAGACCACACAUUUAGUUACCCAGUGCCUCUGCAACCACCUCACCUUCUUUGGGAGCUCUUUCUUUGUCACCCCCAACCUUGUUGACCCAUCACGCACUGCAGAGCUGUUUGGGACUUUUGCUGAGAAUCCUGUGGUUGUCUGCUUUGUGGGCGUACUCUUUGUUGCCUAUCUCUUGGUGGUUGUCUGGGCACGACGAAAAGACAUUCAAGAUGUGGCCAAAGUUAAGGUGACUGUGCUGGAGGACAAUGACCACAUGGAUGAGUAUCGCUACCUGUUGGGUGUCAGCACUGGGUAUCGGAGAGGAGCCUCCACUUCCUCUCAGGUGACAAUAACGUUGCUGGGUGCAGAGGGAAACAGCGAACCACACCACCUGACAGAUCCCAAGAAAUGUGUGUUUGAGAGAGGUGCAGUAGAUAUGUUCCUGCUAACAGCACCCUUCUCCCUGGGAGACCUGCAGGGCAUCAGACUGUGGCACAACAACUCAGGGAGCCAUCCAGCCUGGUAUGUAGGCAAUGUCAUGGUGCAGGAUUUACAGACAGAGCAGAAAUGGCAUUUUCUGUGCAACUCCUGGCUGGCCAUCGAUGUGGGAGAUUGUUCCCUCGAUAAAGUUUUUCCUGUUGCGACAGAAAUGGAUUUGAAGAGGUUCAGCAAUUUGUUCUUCAUGAAGACAACAAAAGAUUUUAGUGACGGACACCUCUGGUACUCUGUGAUCAGUCGACCACCCAGCAGCACAUUCACUUGCGUUCAGAGAGUUUCCUGCUGCUUUUCUCUGCUGCUCUGUACCAUGCUGACCAGCAUCAUGUUUUAUGGCAUCCCAACAGAUCCCUCUGAGCAGACCAUGGACCUGGGUCACUUUGAAUUUACCUGGCAGCAGUUCAUGGUUGGAGUUCAGAGCUCCCUCAUCAUGUUUCCAGUGAAUAUCCUCAUUGUUAGUAUCUUCAGAAACACCCGUCCCCGGGAGACUUCCUGUUGCAAGUGCAAAACAAAAAAAAUGACAGACACUCUUGAACAGACUUCAUUCCCACAGACCGCCACCACCAACGUGAAUGUUAAUGUCACUUUAGAAACUGUCAUCAAGGAUAUAACAAGAAUUGCCCAUUCACUGUCUAAGACUGUGAAAAGCAACAUACCAUGCACAGAGUCUGAGUUUGGGCCGGGACAACAAGUCGAUAUCAACACUGUCCUUUCUGUGGUGGACGACUUCAUCAAACAGAACAACAAAACCAGUGACGGCAGCCAGGUUAAAACUCAGAGCUUUCACAACCACAUUCAGCCUCAGCUACCAGAGGGCAGUGCCAGUGUGCAUCCUGGGUCAACAGUGGAGGGGAUUCAAAAGAAAAGCAACAAAACACAGUAUCUAUACCAGCAGCUGUGUCACAUUGACAGAGAGCUGAGUCUGCUUGGACCCUCCGGCUUCCCCAACCCACACAGCUACAGCCAGGCUGUGCAGCAAGUCCAUGGCAUGAAGGGCAUUCUUGAAGAUCAACUCUUCAAAUUCAGCAGUGUCAACCUAAAUGAACUUACCCAGAAGAAAUUAAGCCCGGUAGACAGCACUGAUUGCGACAGUAGUCAGCCGAAAAGGAUGUGUUGCCAUGGAGGACUACCCUGGUGGUUUAUUUUAGUUGGCUGGCUGCUAGUGAUCGCAACCAGUGUUGUAGCGGGAUAUUUCACAAUGCUUUAUGGGUUGAAAUUUGGGAAAGAACGCUCCAUAAGCUGGUUGGUCUCCAUGAUUGUCUCCUUUUUUCAGAGUAUCCUCGUCAUUCAGCCACUGAAGGUGCUAUGUAUUGCAGUCUUCUUUGCACUCGUAAUAAAGAAAGUAGAUGAGGAAGAUUUUCAAAAUGUGGUGUUUGCUGGAAAUGACACAAAUCUAGGUGAUUGUAAGGACCAACAAGCGGUCAGACAGAAUAACAGCCUCUAUGAGCCUCCUCCUCCUGCAGACAUAGAGAGGAUGAGAAAGAACAAGAUUUUGGAACAGAAAGCCUUUGCCCUCCUCAGGGAGAUUUUGACUUACAUGGGGUUUUUGUGGAUGUUGCUGUUGGUGGCACACGGCCAGAGAGACCCCAAUGCUUUUUUCCUGAAACAGCACAUCCGGAAUAGCUUCAGUGGGGACAUCUCUGACAGUAUGAGUCUUGGAGAUGUGUUCACUUGGGCCAAAACAUCUCUACUGAGUAACCUUUUUGGAGUUUAUCCAGGAUUUAUCACAGAUGGAAACUCCAAGCUAGUGGGUAAUGCUCGUCUCCGUCAAUUGAGAGUGCAGAAAAGCUCAUGUCAGAUUGCCGGGUCCAUGCUCCAGUUUGUACCAAACUGUAACGCUCCAUAUUCAUGGGAGGUGGAGGACAUGGGCUCCUACAACCCUGGCUGGAACCACUCUGUGAGGGAUAACAACUCAACAAGCACCUCCAGCCCAUGGAAGUACCAGACACAGGCUGAGCUCAGGGCUUAUCCUGUCUGGGGGGAAACGGUGCUCUACAGGGGAGGUGGCUUUGUAGCGGAGCUCGGCCCAGAUUUACAAAAUGCCAGCAGCACCCUUGAGUAUCUGUUCAGCAACAAAUGGCUGGAUAUGUACACCAGGGCGAUCAUUGUAGAGUUCACUGUUUAUAACGCCAAUGUGAACCUCUUCUGCAUCGUCACACUCUUGUUGGAGACUACAGCCGUAGGAGCCUUUCAGUUCAACAGUGAGCUACAUAGCGUUCGGCUUUACAGUUCAACUGGUGGUCUUCCCAUCUUUGUUAUGGCUGCUGAGAUCAUAUAUGUGCUCUUCAUCCUCUAUUACAUGUUCCUGCAGUGCAAACUAAUGAAACAGCAGAAGUGGGCUUACUUCCGGAGCAAGUGGAACCUUCUUGAGCUGACCAUCAUCCUGCUGAGCUGGAGUGCCGUGGCUGUCUUCAUCAAGAGGACCCUGCUUGGGAACCGCGACAUGACCUACUACCAAAACCACAAAGACCAAUUUCCUAGUUUCUACGAGACAGCCACAGCGGACUCAACGCUCCAAUAUCUGAUUGCCUUCCUGGUCCUGCUUGCCACCAUCAAACUGUGGCACCUGCUCAGGUUGAACCCUAAAAUGAACAUGAUCACUGCUGCACUGCAGCGGGCCUGGAGCAACAUAUCCAGUUUCCUUGUGAUUAUAGUGAUCAUGUUCAUAGCGUAUUCCAUUGCAAGCAAUGUGAUUUAUGGCUGGAAGAUGUCCUCUUAUCGAACCUUAUCGGACGCUCUGGUGACCAUCAUCAGUUUGCAGAUAGGCAUCUUUAACUAUGAUGAGGUCUUGGACUGCACUCCCAUGCUUGGUGGAUUACUCUUUGGUUCCUGUAUUGUGUUCAUGACGUUGGUGGUGCUCAAUCUCCUUGUUUCAGUGAUCCUUGUGGCAUUCAGCGAGGAGCAAAUAUAUCACAAGCCCUCAGACGAGGAAGAGAUUGUCGACUUGAUGCUGAAGAAAAUCUGCAGUCUUUUUGGGAUCAGAUAUAAAAAUACAAAAGACACCCUGGGGCCCGAUGUGAAAGAGGCCAGUGGCUUGACCCUUAAUAACACCAGAAAUCUCAAACUGAUGUAA